UGAAAAAACGGAAUGAUAUAUCCAUAUUUUUGGUUGUAAGUGCUGCCAUUUUGUUUGCCUCUUUUGUGCGAAAAAUUGACAGACUAGUUUUAAAUUUUCCGCGGACACAGAAUUCAUAUCGGCCGUGAAUUUUCUGGUUCGACCGCACCGCGAAAAGGUUUCGGUGGUACUGCACAUGUACGCGUCGCAAAACAGCACACAGUUUCUGAAGUAAUAUUUCAUACAACUUUAUGUAUGAUUAAAGGUAUUAUGAUUACGUCCCUGAUUGAACUAAAACAAGACCAGCGCAUUUUCAUAAAUCAUAUGAAUUCAAAUUUUCGUACAUUUAGAGUUAUACGUACUACAAAAGGACUACAAUGUACUGCAGUUAUAUUUUACACAAAAGCGCUCAGACGAAUUGGAGCUAAAAAGUGUUGUUUUGGAACCCCAAACAACUUCGUACGAUUUGGCCAACGUCUUUGCUUAAGCCUCAUAAACAAAACGCAAUUUAUGGUUGUCUCAAAAGGAAGGCGUCGUAAUUUUUCUUUGCAACAAGCUCAGAAAAAAAUGCACCCGUAGGUUGACAUCUUUAUGUAGACUUGUACAUAAACUGGAUGGCGUUUUUGCGCAGAGGUACUUGGGCCAAACCAGUCCCUUUGUAUUUGCAGAAACUUUGAAAAAAACAAGCAGGGCCAACGCCUGUCAAAAGUUGGCUCGCGCUCCAUUUGGUUACAGUUCCCGCCGUCCUAAUUUUGUCACUACCUAUAAAUGUCGUCUCGUUCCAGUAUACGGGCCUCAUUUGCAUACCGAUAAACAUAGGUUAUGCAUAAAAGUCGUAAAAGUAUGACUGCCUACAUUUUACCUCACAGAAAAUGAUCUGGGAUUAGAGGAAGGGGUUCGGCGUGCUAUUCUGUACCCAGGUGACACCCCGGGGUUUUUGAUACCAUCGAACUGGGUCGAGGGAUCGGGAGGAAGAGGCGUCGCCCAGGAAAUCCACAGAGAGAGAAAUAAAAAUCGCAUCGAAUAAAAACCUUUCACGGUUGUCUGGGAACUUUUGCUUGGCGUUCCCCGGUGGUUUUUAUGAUGUUUUGUUGUACCUGCUUGAUUUACAGCUGUUUCCCUAGUAAAACGCUGGCUUUUUGACGAUAGCUGCACAGUCCAGACGGAGAGACGGGGAGGUAAAGAGGCGCGGUGCGGGGAUUUGUACGGGGAGAGCGCCCGUCUGUCUUUCUUCUAACACUUCUCAAGCCCUGUGCUUCGUUUCUGAGCCCAUGAGCGCCGUCCUGUCCCUCCACAGCCAGCAUCAUCUACCUCACACGGAGCCUCUUCAUCAGUCAGGUUCAAGGUGGGGCACCCAAACCAAGUAACGACAUUCCACUUCAAACCUCGCACAGUGUUGGCUGGGGAUUUUCGGCACUUUCUGUUUGACACACACUCGCAUAACCAACUGUGGUGUUCAGCCCUUAAAGGUGCCAGAGCGGAGACAACCGUGUCAACAUUUCACUGUCAGUUUGACCUCAGUAGUAUCCAGAUUGCCUAAGCAGCAGCCGGCUAAGUGCGAGGUGCCAGAGCGCAGGUGAAAGUGGACGCCUCUACACCCGAUACAACAACAUCGAGCAGUCCCAAGAGUUUAAGCGAAGACGAAGAUAGAGAAUUUUGAAACAAAUCGUGCAUCGGUUGCUGUCAACAAAACGAUACCAUCACAAACAGACCGGGCAGGUUCGAAGUUCAAAGGCAUCAUAAUGGGCGUAAAGCUCGGGAAACCCGUGGCCUGAGAUUCAACUGUCAAAACACGGCUAUGAUGACAUCGUCCGGGACGGCCAACCCUUACUUCGUAGACUCUUUGAUUACAAAUGUUGGCGAAGACGUGUUUAAGGGCCGGGGAGAAGACCCACGACUAGGCCUGCCUCUCUGGAGACGAGGCAACGGCGGGCAGGCAAGCGGUUUCCCCAACUGUUCCUACUCCAGCAGUGCUGGAGCGUCCUUCUACUAUCAUCAGUCACCCGAGCGAUCCAACACAGUGUCCUGCCUGUACCCUUACCUGCCGCCCCGCCAUCUCUCUAACGACGGGACGGACGGCAUCAACCCCUGGUCAGAACCCGUGCCAAACAAUCACCAACCCGUCACCAACUCGUACUGCAACGGCGCCGGUCUGCACGCUGCCGCCAUGCAGGUCUACAAGACCUCGGACUCCGAGGCAGGCAAGACCCCGGCCGGUACGGGCCCUGCACCAGGCUACACCGGCUACUCCCAGCCAUACAGGGACCUGCAAGCUCAGGGAAUCAGCCUCGACGGGCAGAUGAAAGUCAAAUCCGAAGAGGAAAGCCCAAAGAACGGCGAAGACAAGCACGGAUCGGUGGUAGCGAAUCAGCCAGGCUGGAUGAACAAUCACUCGUCCCGAAAGAAGCGGUGUCCCUACACACGCUUCCAGACCUUGGAGCUAGAGAAGGAGUUCCUCUACAACAUGUACCUCACGAGAGAGCGGCGCUACGAGAUCUCACAGCACGUCAACUUGACCGAGAGGCAGGUCAAGAUCUGGUUCCAGAACAGGAGGAUGAAGAUGAAGAAAAUGAGCAAACAGCGACAGGAACAACAACAAAGCCCGCCACAGUAACACCGAUCUGGAAAAGACCCUCCAGUAGUGUACUGUGGAUGUUAUUAUGGAAAGUACAGGUUGUCAUUUGCUCAGUCACUGAUAUGGCGCAAGCCAUUAAAAAUCUCAGGUUAAAACCAUUGAAUUCAAUUCACUACCUCAGUUAAUUAGAAGACAGAGAAGAAGACAUUCUCUCUUAAUAUGGGCUUCGCUAUUAUACCAAUUUUGAUGUCAAAAUAUCCAACUAAAUCAUAAGUUAUGGUGUGUAUAUAUAUUCUAUCUAAACCACGGAAAUGUCUAUAUCACUGGUAGAAUUAGUUUUAAACAGUAGGUUGGAAAUUUAGAAGAUAUUAUUAGUGUCAAAAACACGGGUAUAUGUGAGCACUUUUGCUAAAUCUUUGUUCUUACCACUUCUAACCAUUUAUAUGUUUUUGUGUCACUUAAAACGUUAUGUCUUUUUUAUUUCCUAAAAUAUUAUGUUCUUAUUGAUAAUCUAUUAAUUCGGGGACUUGCAGUUGUUGUUUUUUUAUCUCGGUUAUGACGUUGAAAAUAGGUUUAGAUGAUUCUUGUUUUUUAAGCGUUGCUGCGUUGUUGCGUCUAUCGUGUCAUAAGGGUAUCUAUCCACAGUGCAAUUUAUAGGCGACUUUCUGUGUUGUAAAAGGCGUAACAGCGAAGGGUCACGCUUUUAACCCCUUCAGUAUUAUUCCAGUAGGUUGCACCCGUAUUUGAGGUGAAUUUUCCUGUCAAGAAUCCGUGUAUGUGAAAUCACCUCCUAACGCACAGAAGGGUAUAUUAUUAGCCGUAUCUGUCUUUGUAAAUGUACUAUAGUGAGACAGAAAUGUUAUACUUAAAACAAAGGAGAAAAUAAUAUCAGUUCAGUGAUUGGGUAACGAACAAUAUAUUUACCUCAAGGAAUCGUUUGCAGAUAAUCAUUUCUACCCAGUCUGACAGAAGUACCUGAUAUUUUUUAUGUGGACCCGAUGCGAGCUUAAAGAGUCAGUUAUAAUUGAAAUUGAGCUUUUUUAAACAGAAAACAUUGUAUUUGGAGACUUUGGUAUGGUACAAUCAAUGUAAGAGAACUUUGAAAACAAAGGAAAUAUUUAGGUGUGGUCGAUCGAGCUAAUGACACCACCAAAUGUUGUGCACAUGUUUUGGGUUACGUAAUCAACAUUUGCAGGUGAUUAAACGUCUAGUUACCAUAACCAGCUGGUUCUAAUCAUUUCAGUCAAACCAACAAAAAACGACCUAAAUCUCCCAGAACACGGGGUGUAUUGUUCUUGAAG